AAAAAAAAAAAAAAAAACAGAGUGGGGGUUUUGAAGUGUGAUUUAUACAGUGUUCGUAAUUUGUGUGAUAAAUAGUACCGAGUUUUUGCGGCAAAUAAUCAAGUGGGAAGGUGUUGAAUUUUGCAGCUUGUGGAUUGGUUUUGGGCAAAAAAUUUGCAUUAUAUAUAUAGAUAGAUAUAUAUACAUACAUAUCUAUCUAUCUAUCUAAUUUGGUGGGAAAUGUUUGGUUCUGGUCCGGGUACUGCACAUGAAAGCAGAGGACUUUCGGGACCGGUUCUAUUUCCAACGCGGUUUGUUUGGCCUUAUGGCGGAAGGAGGGUGUUUCUCAGUGGUUCUUUCACAAGGUGGUUAGAACAUAUACCUAUGUCUCCAAUGGAGGGCUGCCCAACUGUUUUUCAAGUUGUUUGGAACUUAACGCCAGGAUAUCACCAGUACAAAUUUUAUGUUGACGGUGAAUGGCGACAUAAUGAGCAGCAGCCUUUUGUUACUGGGAAUUGUGGAACUGUAAAUACCAUCUUUUUAGCUGGGGAACCAGAUAUGGUUCCUACUAGUUUCAGUCCUGAAACUUCUGGCAGAUCCAACAUGGAUGUAGAUAAUGAUGUAUUUACACAUGUGGAAGCAGUUCCUAGGUUCUCACAGGCUGAUCUUGACAUCUCUCGACAUCGUAUAUCUAUGUUCUUGUCCAGACAUACUGCUUAUGAGUUGCUUCCUGAGUCAGGCAAGGUCAUUGCCUUGGAUGUUAAUUUACCUGUGAAGCAAGCAUUCCAUAUCCUAUAUGAACAGGGAGUACCUGUGGCGCCACUCUGGGAUUUUGGCAAGGGCCAAUUUGUUGGAGUUCUUAGUGCGUUGGACUUCAUCCUAAUUUUGAAAGAGCUUGGGAAUCAUGGGUCCAACUUAACUGAGGAAGAGCUUGAGACUCAUACUAUAGCAGCAUGGAAAGAAGCAAAAUUACGUCUAAACAGACUACUUGAUGGCAAUGGGAGAUGCUUUCCACAACGUUUGGUCUCUGCUGGGCCUUAUGAUUCUCUCAAAGAAGUUGCUUUGGGAAUUUUGCAAAACAAGGUGGCUACGAUUCCAAUUGUCCAUUCUUCUUCACAGGAUGGUUCAUUUCCACAGCUAUUGCAUCUUGCUUCUCUUUCUGGAAUACUAAAAUGCAUGUGCAGGCAUUUUAGACAUUCUUCUAGCUCCUUGCCCAUUCUCCAACAUCCUAUAUCUGAGUUCCCUAUAGGUACAUGGGUUCCAAAUAUUGGGGAGCCAAAUGGACGGCCGUUGGCAAUGUUGAGACCAAAUUCAUCUCUUGCUGAUGCUCUGUCUUUGUUGGUACAAGCUGAAGUUAGUUCAAUACCCAUAGUGGAUGAGAAUGAUUCGUUGAUGGAUAUUUAUUCACGAAGUGAUAUUACCGCUUUGGCAAGAGAUAAAGCUUAUACACAGAUUCACCUGGAUGAAUUGAGCAUCCAUCAGACAUUGCAACUGGGACAAGAUGCAAAUUCUCCUUAUGGCUUCCUCAGUGGACAGAGAUGUCAGAUGUGUUUGCGAUCAGAUCCUUUGCAUAAAGUGAUGGAGCGCUUGGCUAAUCCUGGGGUUAGGAGGCUGGUGAUUGUGGAGGCUGGCAGCAAACGUGUAGAAGGGAUUAUUUCAUUGAGUGAUGUAUUCAGGUUCUUGCUAGGCUAGCUAGCAUAAAGAUGUUGGCUACGAUAUACCAUGGCGUGGCUUGUGGCAGUGGCAUUGGGGGCGAUUUUCCUUUGGACACUUUUUUUGUCUUACACAUGCUGAAUGGCUUCAUUUAAUCACUCAGAUCUUUUACGGGCCUCAUGUUUCUGAGCCCCAUCUUUUGCUAGAAUAGAAAUUUCAAAGAGAAAAUCUGUAAAUUGUGAGGAUUCAAAUUUUCCCUUUUUCAUUGAUAUAAACCUAUUUAUCAACUCCACCUUGUCCGCGGUCUUUAAUGUUAAAGCUAAUAGAAUGACUGCAAAAAGAAUUUGGUAGUGUA